AUGAACAAUAGCGGGGAAUAUCUGAGUGACACGGACAGGCAAGUAUUUUUUAUUGCCAACCACUUGAUCCUCGGCAUGACAAUAUGUCUGCUCGGAAUUGUGGGAAACUGCCUAAGCAUCACCGUGUUUUUAAAACAGGGUCUGCGCAUGUCUGUGAACUUAAGCCUGUUCGCCAUGUCCGUUUCUGAUCUGAUCGGUUUAAUUUUUCAAGUCUGGCACAACUUUUGUUUGAACCCAUACCUGGAAUUAGCUGACUUACCUGUGGAUUUUUUAACAGUGCAGAUUCUGACGGCUGGCUCUCCAAACAUCGCAAUGACACGCAUCACAUGUUGGAUCACAAUGUACAUCACAGCUGAGAGAUGUCUCUCCGUUUUAUUGCCUUUGAGGAUCAGAAACAUCGUGACGUUUAAAAGGACUGUGGUCAUUCUUCUCUUCUGCUACAGUAUCAACCUCUCCUUCUAUCUUCCUGUGUACUCGGCAAGUUCCCUUGGUUGGCGCUUUUAUCCAAGUCUUAACAAAACUAUGUUUGCAUUUAUUGAGAACAACAGGACACUGAUGGUCAGCCUUUUAAUGAACGUGUCCCACUUCUACCUGUCGGUCAUCGCCUUUAUAUGCAACUUCAUCUUCACAGCCAUCUUGGUGGUCAGUCUGAAGAAAAAAUCGGAAUGGCGAAGAAGCGCCACCUUCGUCGGUGAUCAGAACGAGGCUCUCACGAGACGUGACAAGAAAACUGUCACCAUGGUGAUUACAGUGGCUGCCAUUCUCAUCGUCUGCUACUCUCCUGGCGUCACGAGUUGUUUCGUUGAAAUUUUCGUUCCUGAUUUCGCUAUUUACGCUAAACAGAAGAAUGUGUACAAUGUGAUCUGGUCGUUCUGUUUCUUGUUUCAUUCAGUCAACGCAAGCAUAAACGUCAUUGUCUACUACAGGACUAGUUCUAAAUAUAGAACAACUUUAAACAAGAUUUUGUUUGAUCUAAACAUAGUAAAAACGUAG